AUGGAAACCUCUCAAAAGGACUUAUGUACAGAGAACUCCCACCCCAAAGGACCUCUAGAAGGCUCCAAAGCUAUUGUUCGUUUAUACCGCCCUUGCAAUACUUACUCUUUUUCCUUUCACACGAAGAGAAUCAACCCAUAUGAAAUCACUGAUACACGUGGCAGUGGUACACUAUACAACACCAAAAAAGCUCGAUACUUCCUCAUUGAGUUAGAUCAACAUGCUGAUCUAGAUCUAACAAGGAAAAAUUUUUUUACCGUUUUCACCAAUGAUAUUGAAAUGACUCUUGAUCAUCAAAGGAUCUUCAAUUCAAGUAGUAAAAAACUUAACAUCAACUACCUAAUAGGGACAUACCUUACCUUCACAUUUGCUAUUAAUCGACAAUUUUCACCUGAUACCGUUAAAAAAUAUUUUAAACGUUUACGCCAACUAUUAUUAGUAAAAUUUUUAGCAAUUAAAAAUAGAUUAUCUUCUGAUAUUAUUAAAAAUAGACAAACCAAUACUUUUAUUAGAUUUAGUUCUGGUUCCCACGUGAUCUACCUGGGAUUCUAUCUACCAUGUGGUAUGAAUAAUUCAUUUGGAUUUGGUAAACACUGUGAUCAACCUGCAGCUUUCGUUCUAUCUAGAAAUCGAUGGAAAUGUCAAACACACCUCUUAAAUAUAAAAAAUGUCAAUUUAAAUAUACAAACCAAUUCAAAAUUUCCUAGCGUGAAAUAUGAAGUUGUAAUCAAAAGAUACCGACCUUACAAAGGUAACAAUAAUCAAAAUUUGAAAGAAAUUAUGGAGCCAACCAUCACUUUAUCAAAGAAAGGUAUCCCCACGCUUCGACCUUUCUAUAAAGAAUAUAGAAAUCUUGAAUUUGACAUCGUUCGCUCACCACAACAAAUCAAACGACUUGAUCAUUACACACAAUCAGUUGUUUUUAAUCAACUAAGCCAUGUUGCUGAACGUGGCUCAAUACAUCCAUCUUAUGAAGGAAGAAGUAAUAAGGAAAAGAUAAAUUUGAAACGUGCCAAGAAUUGGCUACGUAGAAUUAAAAAACGAAAUAAACUCAAGAAGUCACUACCACCUUUACCUCCAGAUUUUAAUGCUAAACAACUUUAUGAUGAUUAUAUACUGAGACGUUCAUGUCCUCUAAUCACCGAAUAUUUACCACCGAUCGACAAAGACAAAAAUAUUUUUUUUAUAUCAGAUGCUCACCUGGAAAUUAUUAAUGAUAAUGAUAUUUUCUUUCAUCGCCGUACACCCCCUCCUGACGAGAUUGAUGAUGAUAAAGGAAGACUCCAACGACCUCUAAUGAGGAACAAAAGAAAAAAAGUUGAAAUCCCACCCUCACCUGGGCAGGAUCUUUGA